UUAUAUAUGGCAUGGACCAUGAAAGUCAUUGGUGAUUUCUGAUCUGUCUCCAUCUCUUUUUCUCUCUCUCUCUCUCUCUGUCUUCAGCAUCUUUGCUUUUUGUAUGUUAGAGUUGGUUGGCUCUUGAAGCUGGAGGACUUGUUUUAGUGAGAAUAAUGGGAAGGAAAUGCUCACAUUGCGGGAACAAAGGCCACAAUUCGAGGACUUGCAGCAGCAAUAGAGGGAUUCUUCCUAGUGGAGUGAAGCUGUUUGGGGUGCAACUUGACUUGUCUUCUUCAUCUGGUUCUUUUCCCAUGAUCAAGAAGUGCCUCAGCAUGGAUUGUCUGUCAUCACCUUCUUCUUCCACAUCUUCGCAUGUUACCAUGGACGAAAAUCCUGACAAGCUUUCCACUGGUUAUCUCUCUGAUGAUGGUGGCCUCGUUGCUCGUACCCAAGAGAAGAAAAAAGGUGUGCCGUGGACAGAAGAAGAGCAUCGGAUCUUUCUGGUAGGGCUGGAAAAGCUUGGGAAAGGUGACUGGAGAGGGAUCUCCAGGAACUUUGUGACUACAAGAACUCCAACACAAGUAGCCAGCCAUGCACAGAAGUAUUUCCUUAGAAAGAAUAGCCUUAACAAAAGAAGGCGCCGUACCAGCCUCUUCGAUGUGGGGAGUGAAAAGUUUGCAAACCAGAAGUUUCAUUCCAGGCCUCCAGACCCCUUCAAUUUCCCUGAGUUUUUGUUGAAGAAAACAAGUGUUGUUCCUAUCAAUCUUAACGCCGCCACAAAUCCUGUACAAGGAAAUUCUGGGGAUCUUGAAUUUGCCUUCAGUAAUGACGUACCGCCUUUACGGAUUAAGGAAUCAUUCCACAUCCAGUCCAGUUCUUUAACAAUGGCCACUUCCAAAAGCGAAGCACCUGAUUUGGAACUUUCACUGGCAGCUCCAAAGCCAUUAGAUCAGAGUGAAGCGUGUUCCCAUGGCCUACUAUUCGGACCAAUUAGUGUCACGUGAGAAUUUAUCUGGAAUUGUUGGGUAUUAUCUGUGAAAAUUUAUGCACAUUCACUGCCCAAUAUCUCUCACCUUUGCUUUCUUUCUUUCUUUCGUUAAUUAGGUGUUCUAGUACUGUAACAUAGACUUAACGAUGAUAGCUUGCUUUCAAAAUCACGAACCUCUUAAAUUUCCUUCGAUCAUGAA